AUUACUUCAGAACUGCAGUGUGGAGGCAGUGGUGUGGAACAGUUCACUCUCAAGCUUCCUCUCCUAAUUCUCUCACAGAGUGUGCGGUUUUUAUGUUCAUCUUGCAACAUUUUAUAACUUUUUUUGUGUUUUGGACACAUCCAUGUGUAUAUCACACCAGCAUAAAUUGCACAGAAGGCCUCUGUGUUUGGAUGUGGGGCAUUUGGUAGCCAGAUUACAGCUUCUUUAAGGACAUUAGUGGCACUAUGGAGAUCGCCUGUACACCGUUGCACCAGAAAGUCACAGAACCUUUUCACCACUGAAGAAGCUGCAACACCCGAGUUUCACGACGAGUUUGAGUUGCUGGCUUCUGCAGCAUGGAGGAGACAUCUAGCUGCCCUAAUGUCAGCAUUCCCUGCCACAAUGAGCAAAGGGACAAGAAGAAGCGCUACACUGUUUACAAAGUGAUGGUUACUGUUGGAAGACAUGAAUGGUUUGUCUUCAGGCGAUACACAGAAUUUGAUAAGCUGUACAAUGCGUUGAAAAAACAGUUUCCUUCCCUGAACUUGAAGAUCCCUGCCAAGAGGAUAUUUGGAGACAAUUUUGAUCCAGAGUUUAUAAAGCAAAGGAGGACGGGGUUAAAUGAGUUCAUCCAGCGAAUCGUGUCCCAUCCGCAGCUCAGCAACCAUCCUGAUGUGCGAGCUUUCCUUCAGAUGGACAAAUUCAAACACUUCUCAGAUGCCUCAGAGGAUGAGGAUGAAAAGAACACCACUACCUCCAGAAAUAUUAACUUGGGUCCAUCUGGAAAUCCACAUGCAAAACCCAGUGACUUUGACUUCUUGAAAGUCAUUGGCAAAGGAAGUUUUGGAAAGGUUCUACUUGCAAAACGGAAACGAGAUGGGAAGUGUUACGCCAUCAAAGUUUUGCAGAAAAAGGUCAUUUUAAACAGGAGAGAGCAAAAACAUAUCAUGGCUGAGCGCAAUGUACUGUUGAAAAAUGUGCAGCACCCCUUCCUGGUUGGCUUGCAUUAUUCCUUCCAGACGACAGACAAGUUGUACUUCGUCUUGGACUUUGUCAACGGUGGAGAACUGUUUUUCCAUCUGCAAAAAGAACGGACCUUCCCUGAGCUUAGAGCAAAGUUCUACAUCGCAGAGAUAGCAAGUGCCCUCGGCUAUUUGCAUUCUCUCAAUAUUGUUUACAGGGAUCUGAAGCCAGAGAAUAUUCUGCUGGACUACCAAGGACAUAUAGUCUUAACGGACUUUGGAUUGUGCAAGGAAGGCAUUUCCCAAGCAGAUACAACAACCACGUUUUGUGGGACACCAGAGUAUCUAGCCCCUGAGGUAUUAAGGAAGCAGCCAUAUGAUAACACAGUGGACUGGUGGUGCCUUGGUUCGGUGCUAUAUGAGAUGCUAUUUGGCCUGCCCCCAUUCUACAGCAGAGACACCCAUGAGAUGUAUGACAACAUACUCCACAAGGACCUGCUGAUGCGGCCAGGAGCCUCUUCGACCGCCUGGUCAAUACUGCAGGCACUGCUGGAGAAGGACCACACCAGGAGGCUGGGCUACAGGGACGACUUUAAUGAAGUUAAGAGACACAACUUCUUUGCUUCCAUUAAUUGGGAUGACCUAGAGCAGAAGAAAGUCUCACCUCCGUUCAACCCUAAUGUGGAUUCUCCGUAUGACCUCACUAAUUUUGACCCAGAGUUCACAGACGAAACUGUCCCCAACUCUGUUUGCUACUCCACCGAGCAUUCCAUUGUCAACGCCAGUGUUAUGGAGGCUGAUGACGCCUUCCUGGGGUUCUCUUAUGCCCCACCUUCCGAUGACUCAUUCCUGUGAGAACUGGAAUUCUGGAAAACUUGGUGUGCUGCGUUGAACCGGGCUCCACUGCCUCCUUUGUAAUAAUUGCCUUGCUUGUAGAUCAUUCCUUUGGAUAUAAGGGAAGCAUUUUUUGAUUAGGAGGAUGGACUCAAGAUGUGAGCAUAGCACUUAAUAACAUAAAACAGAAAUGAGUGAAUGGUUUGAGACAGUGUGUUUCAAAUCUUUAUUUUUUAUUUCUCAAAUAACAGAGUUAUAUUUUUUAAAACUAUUGACUUACCUGAUAUCUAUUGUUGGCUUUGUUCAAAAUUAUUUUCCAUGGUUAAUCUUUUUUCCAUGAAUUGAACCGUAAUACAGCAAAGAAGUCUAACAUCUUUGAAUUGUAAAGUAGGCUAGCCUAUUAUAUAUUGAUAAAAUUAUUCAUACAAAUUCCAUUUGGGUAAUAUGAUCAUCUUUGUAAAAGUAUCACAUUUAAUUAUAAAAUGGGCUGAACCAUUUUGUUUUGCCUCUCACCCCUCUCACCCAAAGAUUGUUAUACAUGCCCUAGCCGGGUAAAUGUAUGUUAAUAUAACAUAUGCAAUUUAGGAUUUUGUUUAUAAUGGAAACUUUGAAUAGGCCGAUAAAUGGAAGUAUGAAUAUAUAUUUUGACCUUUUUUCAAAACACGAAAUGAAUUGAUAUUUUGUGCUUACUGAAAAAUAUGAGCACUUUUGUACAGAACUCAUCUGAGAUGUAAAGUUACAGAGUUGGAUUUGCAAGGGGACCAUAUAAAGUGCAGCUAUAGCGUAGCUAGGGUCUGUUACAAGCACUAAAAAAACAGAAAUACCGUACAGUAGUCUAAUUGACCCUUCCCAAAAGCUCCUGUAUCUUUUGUUUGUUUUGCUUUUUAAAAAGUACGUUUAGUAGGCUGUGGCCUAUGGUGGUUUACCCUCAAGCUGUAAGAUACUGUCCUCAAUAAACGUUUCUUUGGAUUGUUAA